AUCUUGUGGAGGAGCUUGGUGCAGGCAGAUGUAGCAGCAGCAGUCGGAUCUAAAAUGGCGCCCGGAGAAACAAACAGGAGCUGCCGACGGAGCGGGCCGAACGGUACCAGCAGAACGAGCCACCGCCGGGACCCUGACAGGAAGUCAUCAUGCUGUGAGCUCGUGACCUCGCUGGCUCUGUGAGGAGGAGCAGGAGGAGGAGAUGGCGGCUGAACUGUUCCCCACCAGCCUCCCCCUCAGUAACGAGGUGGAGGUGAAGAAGAGUUUCAUCCAGCCGAGCGAGCCGGAGCUGCUGGCCAGUAACCACGACAACGACGACGGAGCUGCCGUCCAACCCAACACCAACAACAACGACAGAGAGGAGAGAGACGGCUGGCAGGAAACACAGCCCACACUAAGAGAGAGAAACGCCCUGAUGUUCAACAAUGAGCAGAUGGCUGACGUUCACUUCAUCGUCGGCCCGCCAGGAGACACUCAGAGAGUUCCUGCUCAUAAGUACGUCCUGGCAGUGGGCAGCUCCGUGUUUGGAGCUAUGUUUUAUGGAGAUCUUGCUGAGGGACAAUCUGAGAUUCACAUCCCCGACGUGGAGCCGGCUGCCUUCCUCAUACUGUUAAAGUACAUGUACAGUGAUGAGAUCGAGUUGGAUGCUGAUACUGUGCUCGCUACGCUGUAUGCUGCUAAAAAAUACAUUGUUCCUGCUCUGGCGAAAGCCUGCGUCACCUUCCUGGAGACGAGUCUGGAGGCAAAGAACGCCUGUGUCCUGCUGUCUCAGAGCCGGCUUUUUGAGGAGCCGGAGCUGACGCAGCGCUGCUGGGAGGUGAUUGAUGCUCAGGCCGAACUCGCUCUGCGGUCAGAAGGAUUCUGUGAGAUUGACCUGCCCACGCUGGAGAUCAUCCUGCAGAGAGAAUCACUCAACAUCAGUGAGAUCCUGAUCUUCCAGGCGGUGCUGAGCUGGGCAGCAGCUGAAUGUCGACGCCGGGGCCUGGUUGUGACCCCCAGAAACCAGCGGCUGGUGUUGGGUAAGGCUCUGUACCUGGUCCGGAUUCCCUCCAUGACGCUGCAGGAGUUUGCAGACGGGGCGGCGCAGUCGGACGUCCUUACGCUGAAAGAGACUCAUGAUGUCUUCUUGUGGUUCACUGCCUCAAAAAAACCCAGGCUGGAGUUCCCUCUAAUGAAGCGGGCCGGCCUGGCACCACAGAGGUGCCACCGCUUCCAGUCCUCAGCCUACCGCAGCAACCAAUGGCGCUACAGGGGGCGCUGCGACAGCAUCCAGUUUGCAGUGGACCGACGGAUCUUCAUAGCUGGACUUGGUCUCUACGGAUCAAGUGGCGGGAAGGCCGAGUACAGUGUGAAGAUUGAACUGAAGAGGCAGGGAACCGUUCUGGCCCAGAACUUUACCAAGUUCCUGUCAGAUGGAUCAAGCAGCACCUUUCCUGUGUGGUUUGAACACCCAGUCCAGGUGGAACAGGACACCUUCUACACGGUCAGCACAGUCCUGGAUGGGAACGAGCUGAGCUACUUUGGUCAGGAGGGGAUGACCGAAGUGCAGUGUGGGAAAGUGACCUUCCAGUUCCAGUGCUCAUCAGACAGUACCAACGGAACAGGUGUGCAAGGGGGGCAGAUCCCUGAACUGGUCUUCUACUGCUGAGCCAGAACCUGAUUGACUUAAGGUCUGCACAUGUCAGCAUGAGUUCCGAGCUCUGAGUGUGACCUGCAGGGCUGCUGCAGGGACCUGGAAACUGAUUGGCUGUUGUUGUAGAACUCCAAUCGUAUUGAUUGUUUGUGCUUCUUAUAAGAAAUGAACAUUAAAGUUGAAGUGAAACUAA